AUGGGUAUGACUCAACUACCAGUAAUAAGCGGUGAAUUACGGCCGGUUACUCCAAUAAAGGUUAGUAAUAAUAUAGUUUCGCAAGUCAAAACCGAAGAAAAAGAAGGAUAUAAUUCUUGUCAAAUUACUUUUGAAAAACAUUUACGAGAAAUAAGAAAUAUGACUGGACUGGAAGUUGGUUCGCUGGUUGAUUGUUCUUCUUUUCAGGAAGGAGACAAAAUUAAAAUCACUGGUACUUCUAAAGGUAAAGGAACGGCUGGAGUAAUCAAAAAAUACGGAUUUUCAAGGGGGCGUAUGACCCAUGGUGGUGGUUAUCCGCAUCGUCUGAUUGGUUCCAUGGGCGGUGGUCGAGGUACUAAUCAAGGAAUACCAAAAGGAAAAAAAAUGCCUGGAAGAAUGGGGAACCAAAAAACUACCCAACUUUCAAUUAUCGAAAAAAUAGAUAAAGAAAGACAAAUUAUUUUCGUUCGCGGAUCAGUUCCUGGUCCUAAAAAAGGACUAAUCAUAUUAAAAAAAGGGAAAUAA